AUGUCCACCCCCCACAGCUAUGGAAUCAGUCUACCCAACGGCUGCACCAUAGUCCACGGACAGGGCGCGAACAUCAAACACCCCUUUCGCGACAUCCCCGUGGAGAUGCACGAGCUGGACCCCGGCGGCAGUGGCGGCCAAAGGGCCUUUUCGGGCCAACUGGGUUUUAUCGAGUUCACGACCGACUUUCGACUGCCGCGACAUGUGCACAUUUCUUCUUCUUCUUCUUCUUCUUUUUCCCCUCCUUCGACCUCGACAGACACAGACACACAUCCUGAAACCGCGCAAACGGAGACGCAGACGCAAAAGUUCAUCGCCGAGCGCAUCGUCGUCCUCAAUGGCGUCGCUCUGGUCGAGCUCAACGGAACCAUCUACGUAAUCCCCCCCAAGACGCUGGUAACAAUCGCCCCGGGUGUGCCGCACACCUGGACCGCAUGCCCGGCCGGCGUGUCUGUUCCUGUCUCCCGGGGCGCUGGCGCUGCCGCCAAAGUGGACUCGGACGGCACGUUCCUCAUGCUGUACGAGUACGAGGAACCCACGGCCUUCUUUCCCACGAGACAAACCCGCACGCUGGGCUCGGUGGACGAGUACGAGCGCUGCGACGACCUCGAGGCCAUCAGGAUCCCGAGGCUGAGCGCCGACGAGGUCCUGCGGCGGUGCUCCUUCGUCUGGGAUAGGACGCUGACUUCUCCGUAG